GUGGACAUCAUGAGGCCAUGGCAACAAAUGCUGGAAAUUGUGGACUAUACAGUUGCUAUGGUCACAAGACGGGGACUGAUGUCUCUGGAUGUGGGGGUGCAGGAUACAGAGUUCUUGCUUCAGACCUGGGGACUGUUCUGUGAUUGGGUCAAGGCAGAAGGUCCUCAGAGGGUGGGAAAUACAGUCACCUCUGAUGCAAUCAACAAACUAGAGGCCAUCAUUGUUCUACUUCAGAAACUCAACACCAAGCUUAAGGUCUUCACAGAUAUGUCCAGGUUGCAGAUGGACUUUGCCCAGUUGAAGGCGCAGCUGACACAACUGGAGGAGGGCUGUUCUAAUGGAGGGUUUGAGUGGCAUGAUGGGAUGCUGGUUCAGGCUCUCCAGAUUGGAGACUGGCUGCUCAUGGACAAUGUCAACUUUUGCAGUGCAUCAGUUCUGGAUCGUCUCAAUGCUCUGCUUGAACCUAAUGGAGCUCUUACUAUUAAUGAACGUGGAACCAUAGACGGGAGCACACCCAAAAUUACUCCACAUCCCAAUUUCAGGCUGUUCCUGACCAUGGACCCUGCACACGGGGAGCUGUCCCGGGCCAUGAGGAACCGUGGGGUGGAGGUGUAUGUCCCAGGGGAACAUGAGGGCCAGUGCUGGAGUGUUCAGGACAUAAAGACUUUGUUGAACACUGCAGGAGUGAUGGGAGACAGUGUGUGUGAUCUGCUCAUUCAAAUACAUAACAGCAUCAAAGAAAACAUAUGGGAUUCCCCGGCCUCGUCACUUUCCUCCCUGCUCCACGCGACCUGUCUGCUCUCCGCUCAGCUCCAGAGAGGUGUGGACCUGCCCUCUGCCAUGUUACAGGCCUGUGUAGAGGCUUACUCUCUGAGCCAACACACUACUAUCAACCAAAAGCAUGCUCAGCAGCUUAUAGAGCAGCAUGUGUCCUCCCUGGACUCAGGAUCCUGGGGACAGGCUUUAAUGUGUGCUGGAGUGUGGCCCAGUAGCCUGCCCUCUGCCCACUUCUCCACUGAAGACUCCUGCUUUGCUUCUGUUCUACGAGAUGGACAAGUCCUAUUGUUCUGUCUGAACGCAUUGAGCCUUGAGGGUAAAAGAAAUCGUCCUCUCAAUCUGAGUGAUCUUAAGCAGACCUUGCUCAGUGGUGCUAGGGAUAGCUUGCUGUUCUCUGGUGAGGCACUGGAUUCAGAGUGGAGCCCUCUCACCCUGGUCCCCACAGCUGUGAGACUGCUCACAGAGAGAACCUCUCACGGGGACUGGCCCCUCCGCUGCAGCUUCUUAACUCAUCUUGCUAACAGCUACAAGCAUGUUCCUGAAUCAGUCCUGGUACAAGUGCAGGCAGCAAGCAGAGCUCUGCAGGCUGUGUUGAGCAGUCAGCUCUGUGUGAAGGGAAAGUCUCUCACACAGCUGCUCCAGCCGCACAGCACUGAUGAAUUUCUAAUUCAAGCAGACAUGCGCUGGAACAAGCAGUACCUGGAGAUGUUGGCCAAUAAGUGCAAGUUUGAGGAUGAGGAGCGAUAUGUUGAGUUUCUAGAGGCUCUCAGUGAUGUCGCCAACAGGAUGGUUCUGCUGAUGGAUCGUCACGAGCGGGAAGUCAUCUGCUCCUGUUCAACUAAUGCCUGUUCUCAGGACAGCGCUCUCCGAGGAGCCAUAGCAUUCAGCAAAGGGGGUGUGGACAUAGGUCACCUGGCUCACCCUGUGCUAAUGCACCUUCAACCUUUCUUUGACCUGUGGAACUCUUUCAUCAUGGAGGCCAUUCAGAUGGGACAGCUUCACAUCUCAGACCACAUUAUGUUUGAGGUCCUUCAGUUGCUGCAAUGGGUGGACCGUUUCUGGGAUGUGUCUAGUAUGGUAUCUCCAGAUCAUCAUGGCGUUGCUGUGCUGGCGCUGCAUUGGCAGUGGGUUCACAAACACGUUCUUCUUAGGCUUCCCCAGCUGCUCACUGAAGAGACUGAGGCUACUUAUGAAACUGGUAAUAGUCCAGAGCUCCAGGCUGUGUCAACUGCCAUCCAGAGCCUUCUGUCCUCCUCCAUGUCUGUAGCCACUGUCCUCAAAGGAAUCCAGAAGAGUCUGGGGAAGGCUCUGCCAUUUAAGCUGGAAAGUGCAGCAGAUUGUGCCUCUCAGCUCAGAUCGCUCUCCAAAGUUCUGGAUGUCUGUGACCUCAGUCUCACUAGAGCCUCUCAGAGCUCAAAGCUGGACCUGCUACGGCUUUAUGAAGCUGGACUGGGCCUAGAUGUAAAAAAGGCUCUUCUUGAAGCCUGGGGCCUUGUUUCGAUGGCCAAAAAUCAGCUUGAUCCACAACAGUCUGGAGUAUUAGAAAAGCUGGAGCAAAUAGUUGAGGAGCAGCGUCGCCACAUGAUCAGCUGUGGGCUCCUUGAGGCUGAGGCCUUCUUUGGGGAUGACCAGGCUAAUGAUGGGCCCCUGAGCAGAGACCAGCUGCAGCAGCUCUGUCACAGAGCCCAGCUGUGGCCUCUUACGGAGUAUCUCGCCAUCCUCAACCAGGUCCGGCUCAGCACUGCUCUGCUGCACAUGGCCCUGGCACCUAGUGACCCAGAAACUGAGGAGGCUUUGCGUGGAGAAAUAUCCUCACACCUGGACUUCUGUUUGCACUCUACUGCUCUGAAUGUCAGACACUACCAGGCACUGUGGUUUUUGUUGAAGUCAGAUCGGCCAGCAGAGGCGCUGCAGCAGGUGUGGUGCGAGCUAUUGUCCGAGGGUCUUGAACUUCUGUGGUCCAGCAGUGUCACUUCUGAUCCAGAACGCUGGCUUACCUUUGAUCCCCUGAGCACAGAGGGUCCCCUCCCACACAAACUGUCAAAAAGAGCCCACACAAUGGGCCCCGCUUUGUUAAGUAAAGCUGUGUGGUCCUGUUGCAUGCUGGGAGUGUUGAGUGGCAGUGGCACCGGGACUCGGUGGGAUCCAUCUGGCCUAAGCCUGUUGACCUCAUCCCCUCUACCUCUGGGGGAGUGGAGGGAGAGAGUUCAGCAGCUUCGGGAUUUGUCAUCUGUGGUUUUGGAGAACAUGGCCUUUCCUAUCCUGGCUGACUUCAGGUGGACAGACCUCAGUCUGCAGGGGGCAGUGUUACGUCGGCAGCUCCAGAGUAUGGCAGAUCUGCUCCCUCUUAGCCUGCAGGAGGGGUACAUGGAGAGCUGUGAAAGUCUAGUGGAAGCUCCAGACCCUUGCAUCCCAGCACAGGAGAUCCACACCCUUUUCAGAGACUUCAUUCCUCCAAAACUGCUUCCAGAUGGUUUGCUAGAUGCAUGCAGCUCUUGUGUGCAACAGUACAUUCAAAGCAGGCUCCAUGGGCCCAACCUGAUACUUUCAGGAGCCUUCUGGGUUCAUAUGGGUCUUCUUCAGAUUAGAGUGUGGACUCCACAGACCAUAUUUGAUCCUGCUGUGAAGAGAGCAUAUAAACUGAAGUACGCCCAACAGGAGUUGAUGCAGCUGCUAGAGGAGUGGAGGGGUCGGAGUCUUUUGUCUCAGCUUACGACUGGUGUAGAGCUGGAGGAAAACAGUAUAACAGAUGGGUUCCAGCAUCCUCGAAUUAGAUACCUAUGGGUCCGUAUGCAGCAGCUGAAGGAACUGAUCGCAGAACUUUCAAGGAAACAAGCCUGUCGCCCAGGUGAAUCUCAGUAUGGCCGUCUUUUCCAGGAGCUUCAGCACUACCUUUGUACCAUCGGCCAGUUCUCCACAGUCCAGAAGCUUCUCUCAAACUUACAGGGGGCACUCCAGAGUCCUGUCUCCCGAGCAGCAGCGCAGAGCCUGCUGAAAGAGGAGGAGGUGUGGCAAAACUCUCAGCAGCGCUUCUGUGUCAGGCUACAGGAAACAUUCCCAAUGUUCCCUGAUGUGGUUGGUCCUGUACACACUGGGAUCCUACAGCUGCGUUAUGGUAUGAGGCUGGUGUCUGCUCAGGUGGCUUCUUCCCUCACUCCUACUCCAGGAUUGUCUCGGUUCCUGUCCUGCCUGCUUGCCUUCCCAUCGCUGACCCCGGACCUGCCUUCACACUUGGCGCGGGCCGACUUCCUGUGCUCUAAAACAUGUAUGGAGGUAGUGCAGGUGUUGCUGAAGUUCCAUCCUCCUCAAGAAGAUGGCCAUGUGGCUCCCCAGACAUCAGAUCUGCUUCUGACUGCCCUACUGUAUGUACAAUGCCAUGCCCUGACCACUGGAAAGCUGAGCACUGAGGCCAGCAACCUCUUCAGACAUAUCUGCCAGGCUCUGGUGAAUGAGUGGGACGAGCAGGAGCGCAGACGCAGAGAGAGAGAGCAGCAAGAGUCUAGUCUGUACCGCAGCAGACAACACGGCUCUGAUCUUACUGAAGACGAACAAGAUGAGAGAGAAUUUAGGAAGCAAUUUCCACUCUUCCACCAGGACUUUGCAGAUAUUGUGGGCCAGCCAAGUUUGGAGGGCCUUGAAGCUUCCUCAUCAGGGUCAGACAAUGCUAAGGAUGAAUCAAAUGAGAACAGCAUUCUGUCCCAGAGUGCCCUAAACAUGGUGAUCCAAAUACACCAGCGCCUCUGCCUUGGAUAUGCUCGGUCUUUAUGGUAUUGCAGCAAACCUCCAGUCAAUCAGAGCAGAGAACACAUACACGCCCUGGUUUCUUCCUAUCAGAUAGCUGCUCCUCUGAUAUUACACCUUUACCACUUUAUAGACUCAGAACUGGACCAGCAACUGUCUGGGAGUGAGCUGCUUGUGUCUGCUCUCCUGCAAAACACAGUGCAGGGUGUUGGUGGCCCAGGUGCACUGAUGCUGUGCCCAGAGGGACCUUAUGACUUCUACCAGCAGCCAAACAUGAGUGAGGCACGGCUCUGCCUGCCUGUGCUGCAGCAGCUCAUCCUAGCGGUGAAGCAGAGACUGGAGGAGUGGCCCGAUCACCCAGCUUUGGUCCAGCUCACAGUUGUGACUGAGCGGAUUUUGGCCUUUAGUCUGGCAAGUCCUCUGGCCAAGUUUCUUAAUGGCCUUGAGAUCCUCCUCAGUAAAGCCCAGGACUGGGAGAACAAUGCCAGCCGUUCCGUAUCUCUCAGGAAGGAGCUGGAGCCUGUAACUCAGCUCAUCAUCCAGUGGCGCAAACUUGAACUCAGUUGCUGGUCAAGUAGUUUGGAUAACGCAGUAAAACGCCACACUGAGAAGUCAACCAGACACUGGUUCUCUGUCUAUCAGCUGAUUGAGAGGUAUCUUCAAGAGCAGAGGGAGGAACCACAUGAAGGUGAGGAAGUCCUGGAGCAGCUAACGCUGUCGUCUGUGGGCUCCACACUCCAAGCCUUCAUGGAGGGAUCCACUUUGGGAGAGUACCACACACGCCUGACCAUGCUACAGAGCUUCCACUGCCACCUUUUGGUAGUCCCAGAGCAGCCAGGACAAGAGGCUCUGUGCAGUUUGCUGUGGAACUUGACUUGUUACUACACACAGUUCUCUGAAACUGUUCAAACAAGCAUCAGUAAACUCCGGCAACCCAUCGAAAAGGAACUGAAGGACUUUGUGAAAAUCUCAAAGUGGAAUGACGUCAGUUUUUGGUCCAUUAAACAGUCGGUGGAGAAGACCCAUCGAACGCUCUUCAGAUUUGUGAGAAAGUUUGAAGAGGCCUUGAAUGGCCCCAGCAUCCCAUCUCUUGUAGAACAGGGAAAUGAUGUUGACAAUGGUCCAGAGGAGACACCCAUCCAGAGGCUUCAUCAGGAGCUGACAAGGAGCCCCCAGAGAGUCUCUGACAUUCAGAACUCAGAGGAAUUACUAGGUGGCUCCUCUCUCCAUGAACGUUUGCCUGUUCUGAACAGAAAGAUGAAGAAAAUGUGUGGUGAGUUACUGAAGAGUAACCCUGCCCCAGAGCUAGCAGAAGAUCUGGACCAAUUCACAGGUGAGAUUAUCCGCAAUAUGCACGAACUCCAGGCCCUCACCAUUAACCCCUCUGCGGACAAAGACCGACAGAAGUCAGAAGUCAAGCACAUCCUACAGCAGAAGCAGAGGGCGCUGUCUGACCUAUUCAAGAUGCUGAAUGAAAUAGGGCUGUCAUAUCGCCGAGGUCUGGCCUGGAACAGGACUGUGCAACCUGAGCAGGUGCUCUGUGUGCCUCCACUGGAGAUGUCCACUGCUCUAUCUGCUGUCCUAAAACAGGAGGAAUCUGAGAGCAGAUUAUUUCCUGUUUUGUUGUCAACCUUUGAGGCCAGCCAGAAGUACUUCUAUCGCUCAUGGGCCAGAAGAACUGCUUUGCAGACUGCUCUGCAGCAUGCAGCUAAAGAGCUGGGCCUAGGAAACCUGGAGCGCUGUAAGGGGUUCUCAUCUCACCUGUUUCACCUGCUGCUGCGACAGAGACGCCAACUCUGUAAAAUCACUGAGAACUGGCUUCACCUGAGACGGCUCAGGACCAGUCUCAAGAAUCUGAAGGCCCAUAGUUUAAACUCUGAUGUGGACCCAGGCUGUCCUCUGCCCCCACAGGCCUCUCUGCAGGGUUGGGUGAGCAGAGCCCAAGCCCUCACUGUGCAAUGCUCUCUGGCUCUUCAGCAGCUGUCAUGGCUGCUGCAAGCCUGUCCAGAGGAGCACCAGAGCCUUGAAGGGGGUCUGAGUUGUCCGUCCCCUCUGACCGAGCAACAGCAGCCUGCAAAAUGUUUAAGGAAACGGGGAUCUGCUGAAUGGAGCCAGCAUAACCAACAUGUCACUUUCCUUUGGAACCAAACUGAAAACCUCAAAGCUGAGCUAAACAGUAUAGCCCAGCAAGCCUCAGAGGGGGCACUGCACACAUGGACUCACCUUGACUCAUGUUGCACUGCUUUUGAGCGUCUCAACUCUGCAGUGAGUGCACUUCCUCAGGUGGAGAAGCUCUUUCUGCCCUCACAGGCCCUAGGCAGAGGCAAGAGUCCACCAGCCAUCAUCCAGGGCCUGCAGAUGCUCAGAGAGCAGGUGCAGGCAGCUAUAACAGAUUUCACCACAUGGAAAACCCAGUUUCUAACCCUGGGAGCACAGCCCACAGCACCAGAGUCUGUCUUCUGCUCUGAGUUCUCUGCUGAGUUGGAAACACACCUCAACAUAGUGCUGUGUGCCGUUCAGGCACUGGUGAAGAGACGUGGACAGGAAAUUCAACCAGACACAAAGAGAGAGCCUGCAGAGGGAGACCUGGACGAAGAAGUGGGAGAAGCAGCGGAGGAACUGCUAAAACCAGGCCAUCUGAGUCCUUUGCUGCAGGAGGACCUGGAGGCCCAGGUAGAGGCAUUGCGAGUGGGAGAAGUGAAUUCAGGUCUGGAGAGGCUCUUCCUCCAUCUGAGGUGCUACAGAGAUUCUUGUCUACCCGCACAGAUCCAGGAGCUGAACCGAGCAUGUAGAAUGCUGCUGCGUCUGGAGCCAGUGUUGGACACUUAUUCAGACCUGGUGCGCUUCUUUUUGUCUGUAUCAGUGGGAGUCCACAGGAGCACUGGCAAACUCCUGUCUGUGCUGAGCAGCAUCUUCACAGAGCUCGCUCAGAAGGGUUUCUGCCUACCUCAAGAACUGAUUGCUGGAGGAGAUGGGGAAGGUGCCACUGAAUUUCACGACUAUGAAGGCGGAGGAAUUGGAGAGGGAGAAGGCAACAAAGAUGUCAGUGACAAAAUUGAAAAUGAAGAUCAGGUGGAAGACACAUUGAAGGAUGGGCAGGAAAAGGAAGAACAACAAGAUCAAGGAAACAUUAAAUCUGAAGACAAUGCUAUAGAAAUGUCUGAGGACUUUGAUGGUCAGAUGAAUGAUGGGGAUCCAGAAGAAAGGGGUGAGGAUGAUAAGUCAGACGAAGAAGAGGAGGAAGAGCUGGACAAAAAGAUGGGCGACUUGGGUGAAGGGCAAACAGACACCCUGGACGAGAGGCUGUGGGGAGAUGAUGACAGUGAUGCAGAGGAAGGCAGCGAGAAGGAGGAAGAGUAUGGGCAGGGGAUGGACCAGGGUGAUUCUGAACUGGUGGCCAAAGAUGACAACUUGGAUGCUGCUGAACCCAACAAGGAUAGAAAAAAUCAGGACAAGGAGGAACCUGAUGAGGAGAAAGAAAAGGAGCAGAUCCAUGAGCAGGGCGAUCAGAGGGAGUUUGAUGAGAAUGAAGUGGACCCAUAUCAUGGACAACAAGACAAACAGCCAGAGCCUGAAGCUAUGGAUUUACCAGAGGAUCUGAACCUGGAUCGGGAGGAUGAGGGUGGAGAUGACAAUGACGGGGAUGAGGAGAAUCCAUUUGACAUUGAUGAUAAAAAUAUGGACAUGGAUGAGAAAGGUGAGGGUCAGGAAGAGGAGGAUAGAGGAGCAGAGAACAUGGAUGAGCUUCCUGAACAGCAGGCAGAGGAGGCCAAUCAGGACGGACAACCAGGAGAGCAGAACGAUGGAGCAGAGGAAGAAGAGAGAAAAGAGGAAGAGGAAGGAGACCGGGAGUCUGAUGAGAAACACGAAGGAGAAGACAAAGGGGAGACAGACCCGGUUAAAGAGGAAGACUGCAUUGUUCCAAACUAUCAAGGACAAGAACCAAAGGACCAAGAGGAACAGCAGGGUGACGAAGAACAGCUAGAGUCAACUGAGAGAAAAGAGCACAGUGCAGACGGGCAGACUGGAGAGCAGAACGUUCAGAGUGACACAGCUGUUGAGCUGGGAGGAGAAGCAUCUGAAAGGGACCAGGCCAAAGAGGAACAUGGGAGUGGAGCUGCUGACGCCAACCAGUCUGAAGGACACCAGUCUCAACUCACAGCACAAAUGGCCUCACAGCGUCAGACAGAGAAACAAACUCAGAGUUACAAGAGGAAGCCUGGUCAGGCAGAUAAUGAACGCACCACUGGAGACUACAAUGAGCGUAUCAACAAGCGUCUGAGAACCAUGGACAGGUCCUCAGAGCAGAGGGAUGCCCGUACUGAGGGAGAAAAUCAAGUACAACAGGAAUCUGAUCUGUAUGAGCACAUCAGGCAGGGAGAAAGCACCUAUGAUGCACAGACAUAUGAUGUUGCCAGUGCAGAACAGCAAAAAGCAGCAGGUCCCCAGAAGGAUCAAGAGCAGGAUGAUGAGGUUGCUAUGGAAAUGGAGGAGGAGGAGCUUCAGAGUGCUGAAGUUCCAACUUUAAACCCUGACAAGCAAGACACAACUAACAUUAAACAACAAAAAGGAGGUGACAGUCAAGACAUGGAUGUCCAGACGCUGGUAGACAGCCAAGAGGACCAAGACAACUGGAAGGACAAACAGUUAUUCAGUAGAGAUGAUUUAAAACAGAGAAAUACAGAGUCCACCAUCCACACAAUCCCUGAGUUAUUAUUAGAGUCUGCUGAAAGAGCAGACCAAGAUCCAGAGGAGAUGAGAAGAGAAAUGGAAAAACUGCUUGAAGUCUGCCACAAGCUUCCUGCAGGAAGCCCUGAGGAGGUGGGGGCAGCAGCCUGUCUGUGGCAACAAUACCAGAGUGUAACCUCAGGCCUGUCACAGCAGCUUUGUGAGCAGCUGCGCCUUAUACUGGAGCCUACUCAGGCAGCUAAACUCAGGGGGGACUAUCGGACUGGAAAGCGCCUUAACAUGAGGAAGGUCAUCCCGUACAUUGCCAGCCAGUUUCGCAAAGAUAAGAUCUGGCUGCGCAGAACCAAACCUAGUAAACGGGAGUACCAGAUUUGUUUAGCCCUGGACGACUCCUCGAGUAUGGUGGACAAUCACUCCAAACAGAUGGCCUUUGAGUCCCUGUCAGUCAUCGUCAAUGCCCUGACACUGCUGGAGGUGGGUCAGGUGGCUGUGUGCAGUUUUGGUGAAGAGGUACAGCUUCUUCAUCCAUUCCAGCAGCAGUUCAAUGAUGAAUCUGGAGCUCGUAUCCUCAGACUGUGUCAAUUUCAGCAGAAAAAAACUAGGAUUGCUCAGUUUUUGGAAACAUUGACAAAAGUGUUUUUGGCAUCAAGACCACACUCUCCAGCAUCCACAAUGUCAGAGACUGCCCAGCUGUUGCUGGUGGUGUCCGAUGGCCGCGGGCUGUUCCUCGAGGGGAAGGAAAAGGUGACCGCUGCAGUGAGAGCAGCUCGCAGUGCCAAUAUCUUUAUCAUCUUUGUGGUUCUGGACAAUCCAAACUCCAGAGAUUCCAUUCUGGACAUCAAGGUGCCCAUAUUUGGUGAGGCGGGACAGAUGCCAGAGAUCCGCUCCUAUAUGGAUGAGUUUCCUUUCCCGUUUUACGUGAUUCUCCGAGAUGUGAAUGUGCUGCCUGAAACUCUGAGCGAUGCUUUGAGGCAGUGGUUUGAGCUGGUUACUGCAGCGCAUCAAUGAUCAUUCUAAUGUGCCUUUCUGGACUCUAUACUAAAUGGACCAUACUGUAAUUUAGAGGUUACUGUCGCAAAAGUGCCUUAGACAAGAAAGAAUCCCAUAUCUGUUUUGAUAUUCUGAAAUGUGAAAAUAUCAAAUGUUUUUUAGGACUCUGCUCCUGUCUGAAUCCUCCUUCGUCUCGAUCAUACAGUAUAUAUGUAAAUGAUCUGUAAAUCAUGUGUCUAUGCUGCAUCUCUAGCAAUAAACA